AUGAUCAAAUUAGCUACUAACAUCUUCUUGACUCUUUUCUUAUGCAGUUGUGUUAACGCUGCAACUUUUAAAGCCAGAUCCUGCGUUGAUUUCCCCCAAGCAGGAAGCAAAGUUGCUCAGAAGACAGUCUAUGAUGUUAACGAUCAGCCAUAUAACGUCUUGUGCUAUUACGAUGGACUGGAUAUCUAUACUUUAAUUGAAUCAUUCAAUAAGACCAAUUCACUUCAUUCUAAAAUUGCAGCCAGCUUUGCAAUUGACACAGCUGUUAACGAAGAUACGUCUUCAUCUGUAUUUCCUCUUGAUUUAUAUCGUUUAUCCAAAGCCCGUAUGGAAUAUCUUGCUUCGAAAUCGACGAUGUUCAUGUCUUCUUGCAAUGUAGUUAUUAAUCCAAAUCAAUUCCAAUCAUCGUCGGUUGGCCAUGACUAUAUCAAGGGCACCCUUGAUCAAAAUAGUAAACGUUUAUUUUUCGAAAGUGCUUGGCUAACAUUAGCUUCCGACAAUUGCUUAAGCGUUAGCGGAAACGUCUUUGGAGCUUCUUUUAGCGCUAAAUCAAUUCCAGUAUUUAGUCGUAAUGAUAUCCAUUUGCAUAUGAGCGUUGAUGAAAGCAAAUCAUACUGUGAUAAGCAUGAUCUACUCCUCGUGUCAGAACCAGCUAAAGUAACAGCAUGUGGAGUAAGCGAUUAUCCACCUGGAGCACCAGCAACAGCUAAUCUAUUUGGUAGCUAUAAUAAAUGUACAAAAGAUUUCUCUUGUUCUGGCGCGGAUGGAUCGAUUACCAGUUGGUGGUUAGGCAGUACUGCCCCACCUAUUUAUUAA